UAUUUUUUCAUUUGGUGAAUUCUUCCACUACUCCCACUCGCUCGCAGCUAGGAGGACACUACAAGCAUAGGCAGUAAGCAAGUUAAACUAGUUAGUUAGUUAACGACAGUGUGACCCCUUCCCUGCCUUCUUGUUGCCUCAACAGAGAGCCCAAACGCAGAGUAGUUAUAAAGAAUACGAUCACGCAGACAACAACAAUGUCCUUUGCGCGAGCUGUAGCCCGCUCUUCCAUUCGCCAAUUCUCCGCCCAGGGGCCCAAGCCAGAGAGUCGAACCCAGCGGUUUGUUGCGAAUUCUGCGCUCGUUGCUCUGGUCGUGAUACCUUUCAUUCACCCCGCGCUGGAAAGCUUGCGGCAAAAGAGGAGCGGGAACACUCAUGAGAGCAAAUACCCGCCGCUCUGCUUCCGUACAUAGUAACGACAGACUAAUCUUACCGAACAAAUGUUGGUCCCACACGUCUGCCGUCUUUAAUUGACUAGGGUUGCAUAUUUUCCCGUACCAGGCGGGCUAUAUCCAAGUCGUUUACUUACCCGGUUUUGAAUCCAGUGUCAUUGGCGGGCCUCAAGGCAUGGUAUCUGGGAAUGGAGUUGCAGGGCGACUUUUUAAUGCUUUCUAUUCCUUUUUUAAUCCCUUCUGGACUCCAAUGGCAUUUAGUUCCUGUCAUAUUAAAUUAGCAGCAGCUAAUUUUCGGAAUUGAUGAGCAAUCUGCAACUUUCCAUACAUUUUGCAGCGUUGGCACUGACACGAGCACACGGUAAUAAGGAGCUGACCUAACUCUAUUCAGACUUCCACCCAAAUAUUUGGUGAUACUUUUCUUCCAGCUAUGGUGCGUUCUGGAAUCGGAGGCUAAUGCCUUAUUCCUUUACCAAUGGCAAAGCGUGAGCGGAGAUAUUUUUCGAAUCGUGCAAGGCACGAGACUUUUCUAUGUACAGUAUGCGAACAGUUAUUAACAAACUAUUUCUCUGGCGGAGUAAGAUUCCAGGGUCUAAGGAGCGCUAGCGGGUUUUGGCAAGGGCCGGUAGAGUGACAUU